CGGUCACGUGCAAAUGUUUUGGCGUGAUGAUUUAAUGGAGGUAACAUUCAAACAAAAUCAAUGCAAAAUCUAGAACACGGCGUACUGUGUGGAGCAGUAAGGACCGGAAAAGUCAGAGAAAUACAUUUAAACGGAAAUGUCAAGAUGGCCAUUCUUGAUCACGUUAUCUGUCAGCUUUCAUGUUGCCAUAGUGAGUGCACUUGAUAAUGGACUUGGUCAAACACCGCCCAUGGGCUGGCUGGCAUGGGAAAGAUUCCGUUGCAAUGUAGACUGUGACAAUGACCCCAAGAAUUGUGUGAGUGAGAAUCUCUUCAAAGAAAUGGCUGAUCACUUAGUAUCUGAUGGUUUUCUGGAUGCUGGUUAUAAUUACGUGAACAUAGAUGACUGCUGGAUGGAAGAAGAAAGAGAUCCUGACACUGGCCGACUAGUGCCAGAUAGGAAACGAUUCCCAAAUGGUAUCAAAAGUCUUGCUAGUUAUAUGCAUGAGAGAGGACUUAAGCUUGGUAUAUAUGAGGACUAUGGAAACAUGACCUGCCAGAAUUACCCCGGACUCUAUGGACAUGAGGAGACUGAUAUCCAGACAUUUGCAGAUUGGGGAGUGGACUCUCUGAAGCUGGACAAAUGUCACAGGCCCAAGUCUCCUGCCAUUGUCAAUGAAGGAUUCAAAAAUGUUAGCAGGUUGUUGAAUGCUACUGGUAGACACAUUUUGUACACCUGUGAAUGGCCAGCGAAAGUCACUCAGUCGAAUUAUCAGAUGAUUGCUAAAUACUGUAAUACGUGGCGUGUUCAUUCAGAUAUUCAAGAUUCCUGGGAUUCUGUCAUUGCCACAAUUGACUACACUGCCGCUAAUCAGGAUGUCUUUUCAUCAGUGUCAGCUCCAGGAAGUUUCAACGAUUUAGAUAUGUUGGUCAUUGGAGACUUCUCUUUGAGUCCUGACCAAUCCAAAACACAAAUGGCAAUGUGGUGCAUACUAGCUUCACCUCUUCUCAUGUCCAAUGACCUUCGGGGUAUUUCUGAUUGGGCAAAAGAUAUUCUUUUGAAUAAAGAGGUCAUUGAGGUGAAUCAAGACAGCCUGGGAGCUAUGGGAAAGAAGAUAAUAAAGCAAGUUGAGACAAACACUGAAGUAUGGUCAAAGCCACUUGUUAACGACUCUCAGGCUGUAGCAGUAUUCAGUCGUAGCACCAGCGUUCCACAAACUGUACACCUCACGCUGCACCAGCUAGGCCUCAACUCUUCCACCUUCUACUACAUACGGGAUUUAUUUGAGCAUAAGACGUUAGGUCGCUAUUCCAAGGAUGAUAUAAUUUCCGUUACGGUGAAUCCAGGAGGCGUUGUUAUGCUGCGGGCUAGUCUAACCUCCCCUGAUUAUUUAUAUUUAUCGCACUUUCUUUAUGUUUCAAAUCAGCCAGCCAUUUUGUCACUCUGUCUAUUGUUCAUUAUAGUAUUUUGUUUGCAUAAAAUUUACUUGGAGCAAAGAUAUACAAGGUUGUAUACAAGAGUUAUUCUUCAAGGUAUACCACCUGUGUGGAGCCAGAAAGAAACUUAAAAAAUAAAAUCUAUUUUUUAUAUUGUUUACUUUGUAUAUCAAAAUAAGUUAAAUAUGAUUUGUGUGAUGUGCCCAUAUAUGGGCAUGAUGUCAUAUUACACCCAAAUAUGGGCCU